AUGAAAUCCCAAAAGUUAAAAACCCCGCCUUGUGUUCUUCUCUCCCUUGUUUUCACUAGUCGAAAAAUCUCUUCUCCUUACAAGCCCUAUGUCCGAUUGACACAGAAGCAGUUGAAAUGUGAAAACUGUCAUGAGGUGACUGAGAAGGAGACAUGCGUGAGCCUUGAACGAGACACUUCCUCUACCAAAAAAGGUGUAAGUUCUAUAAAAGGGAAGGAAGAGUGA